AUGGCGGCGGAGGACGAGGACAUUGGCGAAAGGUCAGGAUGGCUAACUGGUUGGCUUCCCACAUGGUGCCCUACGUCUACAUCACAACUUAAAGAAGCUGAAGAGAAAAUUUUAAAAUGUGUCCCCUGUAUAUAUAAAAAAGAAGCUGUUCGUAUAUCUAAUGGAAAUAAAAUAUGGACACUGAAGUUCUCUUACGAUGUUCCAAAUAAGACUCCACUUGUCCUUCUCCAUGGUUUUGGAGGAGGUCUUGGACUCUGGGCACUGAACUAUGAAGAUCUUUGCACUGAUAGACCCGUCUAUGCUUUUGACCUAUUGGGCUUUGGACGAAGUAGUAGACCCAUGUUUGACAAUGAAGCGGAAGAAGUAGAGAAUCAGUUUGUGGAAUCCAUUGAAGAGUGGAGAUGUGCCCUAGGAUUGGACAAAAUGAUCUUGCUUGGACACAACCUGGGUGGGUUCUUGGCUGCUGCUUACUCACUGAAGUACCCGAAAAGGGUAAAUCAUCUCAUUUUAGUGGAGCCUUGGGGUUUCCCUGAGCGACCGGACCUUGCUGAUCAAGACAGACCAAUUCCAGUCUGGAUCAGAGCCCUGGGAGCAGUAUUGACUCCCUUUAACCCUUUAGCUGGCCUCAGGAUUGCAGGACCCUUUGGUUUAAGUCUAGUACAGCGUUUAAGACCUGAUUUCAAACGGAAGUAUGCUUCAAUGUUUGAAGAUGACACUGUGACAGAAUACAUCUACCACUGUAAUGUCCAGACUCCAAGUGGUGAGACAGCAUUCAGAAACAUGACUAUUCCUUAUGGAUGGGCAAAAAGGCCAAUGCUCCAGCGAAUCGGCAAAAUGGACCCUGACAUUCCAGUCUCGGUGAUCUACGGCGCCCGGUCCUGCAUAGACGGCAAUUCUGGCACCAGCAUCCAGUCCUUACGACCACACUCAUACGUGAAGACAAUAGCCAUCCUUGGAGCGGGGCAUUAUGUGUAUGCAGAUCAACCUGACGAUUUCAACCACAAGGUGAAGGAGAUCUGUGACACUGUGGACUGA